ACAACAACGCAGACGGAAAUCAACCUCUCAUAUAUCACUGCUGAUGCAUCUGGUCCCAAGCACAUCAACAUAAGGCUUGGACGUGUGCACCUGGAGAAUCUUCUGGAGAAUCUUGUGGAACCUCUUCUCAAGCGUACCAUAGACCUGUGUGACAAGGCUCUUUCUGAUGCUGGUGUGAAGGCCAGUGAA